CUACAGCAGCCUAUCCACUAGCCUCUGUGUCCUGCUCAGUCACAUCAUAUCACUCUACUCACACCAGUCCAGUCCGGGAGGAAGAUGGGGGUCAAUACUCGCUGUGUUGCUCUGCUGGUUCUGCUGCUGUUAGCUCAAGUCCUAAGCGGUGUUCACUCUCAGGAGGAGGAAGAGGAGGUCCAGGAGGAGCAGGCGGAGGAGAUGCAACCAGAAGAGGAGGUGCAGGAGGAGGAGCAGCAGCAGGAGGAAGAGGUCCUAGAGACAUGGACAGGGACAGGGAAAGCCUGCAUAUGUGACUGUGAAGGGGGGGAGUCUGCGACAGGUACCCCCACUAUGACAUCACCUGUCCUGGCCACAUCGCCUCCUCAGAGCCGCCCACUAGACUGCAUGCCAG